CUCCAUCACAAUAUGCCGCGGCGCGUGUUGCUGACAGGAGGAUCGGGGUAUCUCGGAGGCGAAGCCCUGUACCAGAUCGCGGCGCUCCGCUCCACGGGCGAGCUGCCCGAUCUGGUCAUCUACACGACCUACUUCCACGCCGAAAGCGUCGACAAGCUCAAGGCGCUCGGGACUGAGCCGGUCCAGAUCGACCGCGAGGACCCCGUGGCGCUCAAGGCGUUCAUCCACGAGCACGACAUCGACACGGUGGUGGAGAUGACUGAUUUCCGGUGGGAUGCGGUCGCGCCGCCUGUUAUCGAGGCGCUGGGCGAGCUCGGCGGCGAGCGGCGGUACAUCGGGCACGGCGGCGCAAAGAUCUUUGCAUCCUUCGCGGGCAUCGAAACCCGCGAGCCGAUCUACGACGACGCCGACCCGCUCCACGCCCCACGGGGAGGCAACGACAUUUUCCAAGUCGCGCGUGACCUCGCCGACAACUAUGCUACGGCGCAGGCACUCGGCGCCAAGGUCGGCGUCAAGGUGCACAACGUGCUCUCGCCGACCAUCUUUGGGCGGAGCCACACGUUCGGCCCGCAGACGCUCAGCAUCCACCUCGUGCGGCUGGUACAGAUCGCCAAGGCGACUGGGCACCUGUGGCGGUGGCCGUCGACGGCGACGUUUGCGCUGUGCCAUAUCGAAGACCUGGGUGCGCUGUACGUCCAGCUGCUGAAGCGCCCCGACGCGCCGGCUGGGUUCUACUUCGCCGAGAACGGCAGCUUCGAGUGGACCAAGCUGUCCAAGGUCAUCCUGCACGACCUCGAGCUCGACGAGACGGUCAAGCCGGCCACCGAGAUUGAUUUCGACGCCGCCGCCGCCGCGAUCGGAGUCAAGCCCGAGCAGAUCAUCAUCGAGUGCGGCGGGCGCAUGAACAUUGUCGGACGGAACGGACGCAACAUUGGCUGGCAGCCAAAGCAUGGGCCAGAGGAGAUCUACCAGCUCGCCGGGGCAGACUCCAAGUGGAUCGAACAGAACAUCGACUUGAACGACAAGUCAUUCUUUAUCGACUUGAGACAGACGGGCAUGCCGAAGCAUCACUAG